GGCCCGGGUCCGGUUACAGUAGAGAAUAGAAGGAAUAACACCGCGCAGCAUAAUGAAGAGCAUCAACUUGCUCAUGACAUGAAACAGCAACUCAAUAUUAACGAUGGUGGUCAAUAUCAUCAGCCUGCGCGACACAACAAAGGUUUUUUCACGUCCUCCAACCAACACAGAUCAAACACAGUACCACCUAGAAUGCAACAACAGCAGCAGCAGCAACAACAACCACAACAAUCACAUCAGCAACAAACGCAUUCACAACAACAGACAAUACAACAACAACAGCAACAACAGGAUAGUUCUGGAAACAGACCUAAACGAUAUUCCAGUCUUCGUCAACGACCUACCAUUUCGGAAACUUCCACGCAACAGAAUUAUCCAUCUCAACAUACUCAACACGGAUAUUUUCCGCCUCAAGCUGGAAAUUCAAGAGCCGUUUUGGAAUCUCCAGGUUACCCACAAGGUCAUUUUGAGCAGUCUUCUCCGGUCGCUCCAGCCACAGCACCCAUGGCAGGGCAACCUGUCAUUUCUCUACCACCCGGUGGGCAAGCUGCUAGCUACGCGCCACCACCGUUUUUAGUACCACCACCACAAUUUAUACCACCUCAAACAGCACCUCCUAGUAUAAUUAAUUAUGUUCCCGGUCCAAAUGGCCCGACGUUUCCACCAAACU